GUCUAUGCGCCGUCUCCGUCGCAGUGACUCCCUUCCCUUGCGCCUCCACACCUCCCCACUCCCAGCUUAGGGUUCUAGGGUUUCUGCCAGCCGCGCCGGCGCCUCCUCCCCGCACCCCACCAUGACGGCAGAGACCGCCGCACAGGAGGAGCUCCUCCGCGCCGUCUUGGAAGAGCAGAAGAACGCGGCCGCGGCGGGAGGAGAUGAGCCGGUAGUUGAGGACGAUGAUGAUGAGGAUGACGAUGAUGAUGAUGAGGAUGACAAAGAUGACGAUGAUGCUGAGGGAGCUGAUGCAAGUGGAAGAUCUAAGCAGAGUCGGAGUGAGAAAAAGAGCAGGAAAGCUAUGCUGAAGCUUGGCAUGAAGUCCAUCACUGGUGUGAGCCGUGUAACUGUCAAGAAGAGCAAGAAUAUCCUGUUUGUUAUCUCCAAGCCAGAUGUCUUCAAGAGCCCCGCUUCUGACACCUAUGUCAUCUUCGGUGAGGCUAAGAUCGAGGAUCUGAGCUCACAGCUGCAGUCACAGGCUGCGGAGCAAUUCAAGGCGCCUGAUCUGAGCAGCGUCAUCUCAAACCCUGGGGCUUCGGCAGCAGCUCAGGAUGAUGACGAGGAUUGUGACGAGGAAGGGGUAGAGCCAAAGGACAUUGAGCUGGUGAUGACCCAGGCCGGCGUGCCGAGGGCGAAGGCUGUGAGGUCACUCAAGGCUGCUAAUGGUGACAUAGUCAGUGCCAUUAUGGAGCUGACGAACUAGCUGUGUGCCCAACCUAUGAUAUUACGGUCAUCCUUACCUUGUUUCCAUGGGAAUACAUGAGUUGUAACGGUCCUGUUGUCAUGUGUGCGCACUUUGAGCUGCUAUGUAUUAAGCAAGACUGGAAGCAAUGUGGAAAGAGGCUUCUUUUUCAUGCAUUGGAACAAA